CUGUGGGCAGUCAUUUGUUUACGUAUUGUUGUUGACAUUGUUAUUAUAAUUUUAUGAAAAAUGUGCAGUGAAAUAUUUCGUAUAAAUAAAAAUCUGUGUCUACUAUCUAAUGACGGAAGUUUUUUAGCUGUAGCUUUUCAAAGUAAUUUGAUAGUAAAGUAUGCAAAGAAUUGCGAAACGAUUCAUUCUUUCGUGUUUCCUGAUAUAAUUGAGCAUAUCGAGUGGUCCCCGGAUAGUGAAUAUAUUUUAUGUCUCAAUUUAAAACGUGCAAUUGUCCAAGUAUUUUCCAUUUCCUAUCCAGAAUGGAAGUGUAAAAUUACCGAAGGCAGUGCGGGCUUAGAGAGUGCUACUUGGGCGCCUGACAGUAAAAGUCUUUGCACUUUAUCAGACUUUAAUAUACAAUUAUCCGUAUGGUGUUUGCAAACAAGAAGUGUUAUUCACAUUCAGAAUUUGAAAUCAUCUGCAAAUGAAAAAUUACAAUUCAGUCCUGACGGAAAACGUUUGGCUGUCGUAACAGCAGAUGACACUAAGGACAGUGUAGAAAUAUACAGGACCGAAGACUGGAAAUUGAGCAGGAAACUCAUAUGUGAGCGGAUAAGUUCAAUAAACGGUUUAUGUUGGUCACCAAAUGGAGAAGCACUAUGUAUCUGGUGUUCCAAUAGCGGAGAAUCUAAAUUAAUUAUUUAUUCAACAAUUUCGGAAAGUCACAUUGGAGUUUUUUGCCCAAACGAUCAGAAACAUGACGAAAAAGAAAAUAUUUUUCACAAAGAACUCAGGGGAAUUGAAUUAGUUAAAUGGAUGCCCAGUUCUCAAUUAAUUGCCAUUUCUGGUCACAAUGAAAUGGUCGUUUUGAUAAACUGCAUAACUUGGAAACCUUUCUUGCAACUACAUUGCGAUCCUGUGAUUACAGACAGUCAUUGCCAUAAUAAAGUUUUUAGGGAAAUUGUCAUUCAUAAUAAGGAUCCAAAUCUUGUCAAUCCACCAAGACCGAAACACAAUUUGGAAGAAAUGUUGACUCGACCAAUAAACAUACCAAUAAGUAAAAAAGACUGUACAAAAAUUGCUCACUUCGAUAUUUUGGAAUUCAGUGUAUGUGGUCAUUUUUUGGCAAUUAGGCAUCAAAUAUAUCCCACAACUCUGUGGAUAUUAGAAAUUAAAACGGGAGAUGUGAAUUUUAUUCUCCUACAAAACAGCAUUUCAGCUGUAAAAUGGAGUCCAAUUUCUCCUCGUCUAUUAAUUCUCUCAGAGAGUAGUCAAAUUUUCUUCUGGACUAAAAAUGAAGCAAUUUGUCGAAAUGCCCCGAAGGAUAUAACAAUUUUAAAUGCACAAUGGCAUCCAGCUGGGAAAUCUGUCGUCCUUCAUGGAUACAAUAAAGCAGUGUUACUAAAUUUAGACAAUAUUUAAGUAUUAGGUUCUACUUUCGAUAACGAAAAGGUAAUGACCACCUUGGUAUUAGGUGUUGGCGUUGGGCUUUUUGUAAUAACAUGCCUUUGGUUCUUUUCGGCAUUAAUUUUUCUCAUUUCACUGCGAAUUAAUAAAAAAGUUGGUUUUGCCGUAAUUAUUAUUGCUG